AUGUCCCUGACAAACAUAGACACAACCAACCCAGCCACACCACCUACCGAUUCCAACGCAACCACAACAAAUCUAACCCUCCCAACCGACGACCUCACCUCCCCCCCAACCAUCCCCUACACCCCACCCACAAUCUACACCCGGCCCCUCGCCAUCCUCGGCGCCGGCAACCUGGGCCGACGCAUCGCCUGCAUCUUCUCCGCGGCAGGGCACACCGUGCACCUACACGACCCAAACCAAGGAGCCCUACAGUCCGCGCAACACUACAUAACCUCGAACCUCGCACACUACACGACGUUCCCACUGAUUUCCCGACCGGUGGGACAAAUCCACCCGUUCUCGUCCGCGGACAUAACCCCGGCCGUCAGGGACGCAUGGCUAGUGAUCGAAUGCGUACCGGAACACCUCCCGCUCAAGAUCGACAUCAUGGGCGAGUUGGACGCCAAGACCCCGCGGGACUGCAUUCUGGUGUCGAAUUCGGCGGCGUUUCGGACGAGUUUCAUGGUGGAGAAGGUGUGUUGGGAGAGACGGCGGUUGAUGUGUAAUAUGUGUUUUGGGGCGUCGCCGUGGAUCAGAGCGGUGGAGUUGGGGGUGAAUGAGGGGGUUACGGAGGGGGAGGUGGUUAGGGUGUUGACGUGGGUGUUGGAUGAUUGUGGGAUGAUGCCGGUGCGGACGAGUCGGGUUGGUGGUGGUGGUGGGGGUGGAGGGAGUGGUGGAAGGGAGGGGGAGGGGGGGUUGGUGAGGAGUCAGUGUUUGAAUACGGUUAAUUGAUUUGAUUUGAUCUAUUAGUAUAUCAGGUGUGGGAGGAAUGAUCUUGGAAUGAAUUAGCUAAGGUGGUAAUGAUAGAUGGGGGGACGACUUUUAUAGGAGUGGUGUGGUUAGCAUAGGGUGGAAUAGUGUGGGUACUUCAAUGACAC